AACUUGCCGUCGUUACCUGUACUUUCUUAAGCCUCUGUGUUUUGCAAAAAAGGAAAAUUAAAACCUGGAUUUGAAUCAACCUUUUCGGGAUAAAAGACUUAAUGGACUCUGUAUAUUACUAUAAUUAAAUUCAAUCUUUCUCGCUUUUUACAGUUGUCUGCAUUUUUUUGAGUGCGACUGUCCUCAUAUAUAUGCAUUGGCCCUUUUUCUCUGACAAUAGCAAGUAGGAAGCGAUGGAUUAUUUUGCUAAAGUUAAAAAAAGGCCUCCAACAAGCGCGGCACAAUUGGCGCGGUUCCAUAGAAGCUGGGAAUAUAUUCAUCGCGUCUGUUUGGUAGAAGAGAGAAAAGCCAAAAUUUAUGUUCAGCAAACUGACAUUUCGAGCACUUUACGACAGAUGGCAGAUCUACUGGUAGAUGAGGAAGCACGCGAAGAUGAAAAUACAACAGGCCCUUGUAUGGAGUAUUUUCUUAAAAACAGUAUAUUGCAAUAUUUGGUUGAUGCAGCAGAAAAAGAAGAUUAUCCAAUUGGUCUUCGUGGAGAAAUUAUUCAAAUAGUGGCAAGCAUGAUCAAUUGUUUAAAUGACCGAUUCCUAGUGCAUAAUGCUGUGCAUACGCCAAUUGUCAAACUGUUGAGAUUUUGCGUGCUACAAGACGAUCAAAAGGGAAUGUACACUGAUGAGUUAGUGGAUCUAAUGUAUGCUAUAUGCUCGAAAAUACAAGGAUAUCCGGCGUUGUUGAACAUUUUUUUCUUUGAUAAGAACUGGCUGACAACCCCGCAAAAAAAGAAGCAUGCUUUCCCCAAAAGCAGCAUUGAUGAGAAAACGGAAGCCGUUAACAAACCACAUAGCAAUGGGUGUAAGGAAGCAGCAGCAGUUGAUGACGGCAUGUUACAGCAAUGCCCCAGUUUAUUCGGCACUAGUCGCCCACCUGAUUAUGAGUUUUUGCUCUUCACUUAUCUGCUUCGAUUUGCUCAUUGUGAAGGAAAAACAGGCGAUUAUGCUCGUACAGGAUUAUUAUUCAUCAUAGAGAUGGCAAAGGGUCAGUUAGGUGAUUUUAUCCUAAGUUCUGAUUUUACAACUGUUCUGGCUGCCGGACUUGGUGCUUUAUAUUCACAAUUACCAAGGAAACUGAUAGUAAACGGUAAAAUGGACGACAUUUAUACAAAUGUUACCAGUUAUCUUUUAAGUCAGCAAUUUGAUAGCAAUGGCAACAAUACGAAUAACCCUAAAAGCAUCGGUGCAGAAGAUUCCAACUCUUUUGUUUUCAGAUGUCAGCUGGACUCGUUUUUGAAAACACUAGAAUUUUGUCAGGAUGUCAUUUCGCGUUGUCCUAACGCAAACAUAUGCCGUUCACUGCUAAAGGAUGUACGUAGCGUAUUUUUGGAAAACAUACUCUAUCCGUCUAUCCUGGAAUGUUCCGAUUUGGAUGGCUCUACGGUGGCAGUGAUAACCUAUAUUGAUUUAAUGUUACAGACAGUAGAGCAAAGUGAACUAUCAAAAAUGCUUGUAGAGCUUCUGAUGGAUGAUGAGCAACAGCAGUUGGAUCUAUCUACCGCUAUGGAGCAGAUAGACAUUCUAGAAAAAAAUAGCGAGAUAAGAAGAACAUCAAAAGCUCAUUUUACGUUGAAAGAUUUAAUCUUCAGUCGCUUGAAGUCUAAAGCACAGCCUACCGUCAUUGCUACGCUAAAAUUGCUGAGGACAUUAUUGAGGAAACACUGCGUACAUGCAAAUGGCUUAAUAUCAACUUGUCCAGAUGUAAAUAAAAACCAAAUACCUAUUUCUCAACACUUACGCGAAGUGGAGUUGUACUACUCACUUAUUAGUACAAUUGACAAUCAACAAGCGUCAAAGAUUCUGUCUCAAGGCUAUGGAGAGUACUUGCACGAUUCUGAGUUUACUAUCGAAAACGACAGUUGUUCUAAAAGUAGAAAACGUACCACAGGUAGUACGUACGCCAGCUCAGAUGAAAGCAGACCACAAAAGCAAUCCUCUAUAAACAGACGAAGCUUCAAGUACGGACAACGCCAUUCGACUGUUGAGCAACAACAACAAAACGAAAAAGAGUAUACAGCGAAAUUACCUGAUAAAGUACCUAUAAGACAUCGUUUCCGUCCGUCCGAACCACUCUUACAGAUUCUGCUAAACCUGCUUGCACAUUUCUUUACGCAAAGUAUAGAAUUGAACGUAGCCUUGACAGGAGUCAUUAGCGCGCUUGCUCUUUGCCCCUAUCGAAGUUUAGAAGGGUGGAUUUCCUUCAGUGAAACUGACAGAAUCAGUCAGGAUGAUACUUUACGCUCGAUAUCAGAUAAUCAAAUUGUUAUCAGUCAAGCAAAAAGAACAGGUUCCAACGGUGUUACCUCAAUCAAUUGUAACAGCAAACUACCUGUCUUCACUGACAGUGAUGAAGAAGAUGAUUGUUCUGUCGACUAUGAAACUGAAAGGAAGGCGGAUGAAAAGACAAUACCCACUACCUUUAAUUCCUAUCCUACAUUUUUCACCGUAUUCCAUACACUUAUACAGCAAGUAAAUGCUUUUUAUCGCACAGAAAUUGCAGAUUUCGAUAAUUUACUGAGAGAAAGACGUAAAGCACUGCUGACUGGACAGAACUAUUUAAAAAAUGAACAUGGCCCCGCCUUUCGCAAUAAGAAGACCACAACACCUUUAAACAGUUUAAGAACAGGAGGUCUUAACCCAUCAUCCUUUGCUGCCAGUUUUACAAAAUCUUCGUUUUUCAAUCAUCAACCAUUUUCCUCAACAUUCUCAUCAUCUCGAAUUACCCCCUCAAUAAACAUUUCCUCAUUGUCAGCACAGACAACAUCAAGUAUUCGAACACAAGGCAACACACAAAAAUUACCUACUACACCCUCAACCGUCAAUAUAAGCACGGUUCUCAACGAUACUGUAUCUCCGCUUUCAUUACAUGUAAGGAAAACAGCACACACGCUCAUACAGCCCUUAGUACCUUCUCAUUUCAGUGAAGUUAAUACUAUCGGUGAGACUGUUGAAACUAUUUCACAUUUUGAUGAAGUAGGAAGCACUCUAGCGGUAAACACUACUGGAUUAGAUGAUGAACGCAGACAAUGGCCCGACGGAAACACAGAAAUUAGCUUAUCGAUGCUGUUAAAUAACGUUGUUAUCCUUGAAGAAGCUAUCAAAGAAGUCUUGGCAGUAUUGCAAGUUAGACGUAGCUCAGGUGUAGAUUCUGUUCUUUAUACUUAA